AUGGUCAAGGUCAAGGGGUACAUCAAGGGCGACCUGACGGGCGCCGCGUCCGCGUACGUGGUGCCCACACUGCUGUCGCGCUACGGCGACUUCGUGCAGGGCCAGCGCAACGGCGAGUUCUUCAACGACCAGGGCGCGCAGGGCGGCCAGCGCGGCGAGGUGGGCUUCUACGGGUCGGCCGCGCAGCGCGCCCUCAACGGCGUCACCCAGCGCGCGCAGUACGCCGACGCGCACAGCGGCGUGCAGGGCCAGCGCCGCGACAACGGCUACUACGGCAACCAGAACGGCGUCAAGUCCGGCCACGAGGUGGGCCGCAACUUCGACACGGGGCAGGCCUUCGACAAGAAGGGCGCAAGCGGCACGUACCAGGACAAGAACGGCAACCACCGCAAGGGCUUCAAGAACGCCGGCUUCCGCAACACGUACCACAAGGACGAGUCCGCCAACUCCACGUCCUUCUUCGACGACCUCAACGACGAGGGCGGCCACAAGGCCUUCGACCAGACGGGAAACAGCUACGUGGACCAGGGCGCCAACAAGAACCGCGGCGACUUCAACAACGCCGCCUUCGUGCACGACGGCGCGGGCAAGCAGGGCGGCUACGACGGCGGCACCGUGUACCAGGACGUGCGCGCGCAGCAGGGCAACGAGGCGCACCACAACGGCUUCGACGACCGCGCCAAGCUCGACUACCAGCACCACGGCAACAACCACGGCGGCCAGCAGACGCAGGGCGGCAAGUACUUCAACAACGGCGGCACCUACAACGAGGCCGCCGUCAGGGCGGACAAGCGCGGCGGCCACGGCUUCCACGGCGGUCGGCAGUCCGCGGCAGGCGCAGGCGUCGGCUUCCAGGGCGGCUUCCAGAACCUCGGGUCGGACGGCGGAAGCGCCUUCCAGGCCGGCUCCAGCGCCUUCCAGGGCGGCUCCAGUGGCUUCCAGGGCGGUUCCGGAGCUUUCCAGGGUGGUUCUGGAGCCUUCCAGAGCGGUUCCGGAGGUUUCCAGGGCGGUUCAGGCGGCUUCCAGGGCGGUUCGAGCGGCUUCCAGGGUGGUUCCGGAGGUUUCCAGGGCGGUUCCGGCGGCUUCCAGUCUGGCAACUCCGUGGGCUUCCGCGGCGGCGGCGGCAACGGCUUCCAGUCGACCAUCCUGACGAGCUCCGGGCUGUACGACCCCUCCAGCGCCGUGCGGCAGUCCAACGCGUACCCCUACUACCCGCCGCCGUCCCCCGUGCCGCUGAGCGGCCCCGCCGGCACCGGCCAGGGCGUGCUGGACCUCCGCGGCGGCACGUUCUACCAGGGCGGCGGCUACCGGACGCCCAGCCAGUUCCUGCCCGAACCCGCCCCCAUGGCGCCCAUGUUCUCGCCGUCCAACACCAACGCCAAGCUGUCGUCGCCGUCCUCGCGCGGUGCCACCCCCAGCGUCUACCACCGGUUCAGCAAGAGCUCCUUCCGCGUGGGCGGCGAGGAGGACACGGGGCCGAACCCGGACGGCGUGCGCGGCAAGGGCUUCGCGACGUGGGAGACCGUCGGCGACACCGCGGCCGCGACGUCACUACGGUACGCGCUGCUCGCUAUGCCCGAGCUCAGGCUCAAGCACUAGAGGGUGUGCUGGCCGAGGGGGCAACCACUCUAGAAAUCUUGUGUCCCCUUAGCGCCAGAAAUCUCUGGGAAAUCAGAAAUCUUGCCCCAAAAAAGGUCAAAAACAAGGUAAUUUUGGGCGGAAUUUCGGUUAAAAUCUUGCGAAAUCCGACGAAAUCUUUAGCCUUAAGAAAUCUUGUGUCCCCAAACAUCCAAUGUGGUUGCCCCCUCGGUGCUGGCUCACAACUUAAUCAAAAAUCAGGCAAACGUGUCAAAAAAAUAAUUCGUAAAAUUCCUGUGAAACCGCGCAAUUCUAGAAGUCCUGCCAGAAUCUGACCGCCUGUCGCCGAAGUCGCUUUGAAAGGUGCUCCUUACCAUAAGUGUAAAUAGAAAAUUAAUAUAUGCAUUGUUCAGACGAGCCGUAACCUAGAGAAAAGUGCACGUGUUUGUCGGAGACACAAAAGGUGUGCACCAGUGUCUGUAAAUAUUAGUGAAUAGGCCCGAACCUGAAUUUGUAUCAUAAACAAGGUAAACCAAUAAAAACAAUAAUAAACGAA